AUGGAGGAUAACAAUGGCAAGAGCCAUAUUGUCUCCUACCAGAGCCAUGAUAGCUCAUCCUCAUGCCAUGAUCCCACCAGCCUGAUUCAGAGGACACCACCACCACACAUUCCAAAUCAGGUACACAGACUGCACCUUGCCUACCAACAAGGAAGCCAGGUUUUCUACAAUAAUCAGAGUGCAGCUGGGCCUCUGCCAUCUGGACAACUUGGCCUCUGCAUGAAACCCUCUGGCUGUGCAUGCUAUAGAGGUGAAGAAAACUUCCCCAGAGACAGAGACAUCCCCCGGGUGGCAAGCCCCAAGCCAGGCACCUUCAAGCAUCCAGUAGCCAUCAAAACCCAAGACACUGGAGUCAUCGAGGUGAAUCAGGUUCAGGAGAACUCGGGCGUCACUAAGGGCUCCUUGCCUCCAGUGAGGAAGAACAAACAGAAAUCCUCCUGGCCAAUCACUGGAGCUCCUGAGGCUAAAACCCAACUGAAGGCCCCUGAGAGCCUGUUAAGGGGAGAAGAGCUCAUUUUCAGUGCAGAGGCCAAUAACAGGGCUCACGUGAACACAGCUGAGCUGAGCACCAGCAAGACCUCUGGGAAAACACCCAGCAGGAUCACUCAAAGGAAAUACUGUGGGCAAGCUAGGACCAGAGAAAACAAAAGCAAGAAAAUGACAGAGAGGAAGCAGCUGGGGCCCAAACUCAUAGAAGAAAAGCCAAGCAUUCUCAACUUGAAGCUCAAGACAAACCGACAUGCGCUUGGCCAAGAGGCCUUUAAAAUGCCUCCCACCUUCCUAGGCAAGCACAUGCUGGAGUCUGUGCAGGUUUUCCACCCACUAGGGAAGAAGACAGAGAAGAGAGCUGGGAACUUUUUAUAUAGGGCUCUGAGAACACCAACCAGCAGCAAAGACCCCAAGUCAUUGCCAACAAGCAAACCCUGGAAGGAGGCCCCAUGUGAGAGAAAGGGGCCCGAGAGUGCUCCAGAAAGAUCGGAGAACCAGCACAUCAGUGCUGAAGCAGAGGAUUCAUCUGCAUCCCUGUGUGAGCUCCCACCACCUUGGAAGGUGAAGAUAAUACCUUUGGGCUUUCCAAGCCCAGAAAAGCCUCAGGCAAGACCUGUUUCUAGAAGGGCACAGCGUCCAGCCUUGCGGAGACCCACUGCAGCUCAUCCUGCUGCUUACCCUGCUGCUGCUGAUGGCACAGCUCAGCCCUCCCAAUUAGCAGCUGGUCACACCUCUCUGCUGGGUCCUGGCAAACCAGCUCAGCCUGUUCUGGAAAAUGCCAAGCAGCCGCGCUGGACCAUUUCAAAACAGCCUUGGCUUUCUCAGUCUGCAACACGUAAGCCUGCACCCCAGGAAACAGCAGCUUCUGCCUCUCUCAGAAGGGGGCCUGUUGCCACUGUUGUGGGCAAGCGCAGGCCCCUGCCUCAGCCACAACACCCGUUUCUCCUCCAAGACUUCAGCCGCCAGCCCAUUCCCUGGAGGGAGCCCAAUGUGCCUGAGCCCGUCAUGUCCAGCCCCAUCGUGGAAGAACAGAGGCCAGAGCGCGAAGCCCUGAAGAGGCAGGCUCAGCGAGAGCGCGAGGUGGCCGCCAAAUGCACCUCCUUAGGGAAGCUGCAGUUCUUCAGGCAGAGGGAGAAAGACAGGGAAAUCGAGCAGUGCUACGGGUAUGCAAGAUGA